AUGCUUUUUAAGGGAAAAGAAGUUUGUACGUAUUUGGAAGAAUAUCUCUGUCGUGCUCAAGGUAUUUCUACCAACAAAGAACAUUUGAUGAACGUUUGCGUGUUGUUUGUUCAUUGUAUCGAGAACACUGAGGAAUUUUCGUACCUACAAAACCUGGACAUUAACAGCCUUAAAGAUGUUGCUGCAAUUCGGGCUGCGUUUAGUGAACUUCCUGCAUAUUUCAAUGACGAUCUUUCCGAAAACUUAAAGAGCAAUGCGGAACUCAGAAAAUGCAUCCAAGCAGCUAAACAUUUAUGUGACAAUGAAUAUGCUCUUCAGUUAUUCCUACUAAAACAGUUGGUCCAUAAUGAUGAAAAUGGUUUCGAUGGAGUUAGAGAAAGAUGUAAGAUCAAAGAAUUGAAAUGGAUUUUGCUUCCACAAUCUGAGGAGCGUGACAAAAGACCAGACAGUUUCAUGGUCCAUCACGACAAUUAUCAUACAGUACGAGAAGCUAUUGGCAAAGCAAUAAUAACAUCAAAUUAUGAAGAAACACAGUUGAUCUUGAGAAACAUGUCCUGUGAUGAUCGUGCCCAGUCCUGUUAUAUUUUACUUGCAGUUUAUUGCGAAGUAAUGACCAACUUUUCCACUGAAAACAAAGAAGAUCGGGUUCCUUCAAAGAUUGUGGAACAACUCGAUGAAUGUCUUACUGGAUGUCAGGUUUUAGCAACUCAGCUACCUCUUGCGAAGAAUCUCUUGGUGAAUUUUGACAACAGUUCUCAUCAGCAAUUACUACAGCUACACAGUGGCCAAACUUUAAAUGAUAGACGUUUAAAUGAAAUCUUGAUUCAUUUCCUUGUUGUUAUGAGUUGCUUUCCAAAUAAUCAACUUUUGGCUCCCUUCUCAAAUCUUGCAUUCAAUCCAGGAUCAAUGAGGAGUGCGUUCAUUCCCACUAUGCCUCACGAUGAUGGUCCCGAGGUCAUGGGCGUUACCCAAGGCACGUGGUAUGAAUGCAUUAACGGACAUCGUUAUGUCAUCACUGAGUGUGGACGUCCAAACCAAGCGUAUAAUUGCCCAACUUGUGGUGUUCCUAUUGGAGGUGAAAAUCAUCAGCUAGCAGCUAAUAAUAGACAGGCGUCGAGUGCGGAUCGAAGUAGUACUGGUCACAUUCUAGGACGUGCACAGGAUCAACCUCCAAGUGCACAAAGAAAUUUGAACCCAUUAUCGUGUUGUGUUUUACGUUGUUUGACACAUGUGGCUAUGUUGUUAGGAACAACUCCCGAUCAAAUUCAGAAUAUUUCAGCUAUUAUCAAACCACCUGUUAAUAACGUUGUUCAAUUCAUAAAAGAUCAUAUAAAAAAUGAUCUACGUUGCAUUGCAAGAUUUGUUGGUACAAAUAUUGAACAAGCUGCUAUGGUCAUCCAUCUGAUUUUUGUAGAAAUCGUAAAAAAUAAUCAUGGAAAUGUCAAUAUCUUUCAAACUGAUUUGCGCAGUAAAGAGUCAAGACAAGCUUGGGAAGAUGCAUUUAUGAUUUCCUACCUUAAUCCUGUUCUAUCAGUUGUUUCUCAGUUGUUGCAAGAUGCCUUAGGUAAAAUGGUCAGCGAUGAACGACUGGGAAAUAAUCGGCUAAUGAAAUUGAUCAACGAAUUAGAUGAACCAAGCUCCAAUGUCGUUACAAAACUCGAUCCUUCAUGUCCUGCACUUUGGAGAAAUCGUAAGAAAAUCACCAUUGAGCAUUUGUCCUUCAAAUACCAAGAAUAUUCUCAAGGUGUCACAGUGCCAACAGACAAGUGUGAAGUACUUGAUGAAUUUUUAAAAAAGGAAUGUCAUCUUCGUGCCCUUCAGUAUCUUCCGGAUAUCAUAAAGUUGCAACGUUUUCUUUUUGAAAAGUUUCAUCGUUGCUUAGAUCGAAAUGAAGCUGAAAAAUACACCAUUGGAGACUUAUAUAAAAGAGACCCUGACAUAAAACAGCAUGUGAAGUCAUUAAUUAACAGUUUCAAUAUGGCUUGGAAAAUCAUUAGAUCAUCUAUUCCACAAGAUGGUCAUUACGGAAUUUCAAAAGAGUUGAGAGAGAAGGAAGUUACCAACGCUACUCCGAUUUCUAUGUUAUUGCCUUCGUGGAAAGGAUUUGGAAAGUGUUCUUUGGCACUGACAAAUUACCUUGUAUCUUUACAUAACAAUUUUAUUGGACGAUGUAAAAGCUUGUUGAAGGACGAUAAAAAUUCAGAGGAGCUAUUGCUGUUGAACGUUACUAAGGGGCAUUUGGUUGCCUAUGAUCCAGAGAGAGAUUUUUUGCCAAUGGUCCUUGCUCACUGUGAUUACUCACUAAAAGUUGGCGAAGGAGGUGAAGAAACAGUUGUGAAGUUCAACUGGAAAUCUUUAGAAAGACAACUUGUCGACAGAUUUAUUCGGGGAAAACCUAGAAUUACAUCUUUGGUUGAAUUAUUUGUGUUCAGCAAAGAUAUUUGUGAUGGAGCUGUUUUCAAAGCGUUGAAUCAAAAGAUACCUCAGAUUAAACUUAGUCGACCAGUGAAAGAUCAGAUCUUAAGUGAACUGAACCAACUCACUGAUGUUUGUGACGUUCUUAAAUCUCUCCACAAUGUCAUUGGUUUCUUAUCAUCUGCUGGAGGAAAUCCAGGAAUGCUUAUCAGUCAAUAUAUGAAAUCAGCAUUGAAAGUUGAUCCUAGAAACGGUUUAAAAAGUGGCAAGGCAGAGCAGACUUGUCAACUUCAACAUGUUGUUGCGCUUUGGAAACUGUUAUCAUUAGAGAGAGCAAGAAUAUUGACUAGACGUAAACAGGAACCAUUUGACGAUGUAACAGAUAAGAUAAAGACAGCAUUGAACAAAAAUAUGAAAUUUGAAUUAAGUCGUGGCUUACAGAAAAUCAACAUUGAUCGUUUUGUUGACGAAUUGUUGCAACUUAUUUUACUCUUUUUGAAAAAUGCACAAAACGAACAGUUGCACUGGCCUUUAGCUGAGUACAUCAAUGCAAAGCUUGAACGAGAUGGUUGUGAAAUUAUUAAAGAUCUCGAGGAAAGUCUACCUGAUGAAAUUACUGUUGCACAUGCUGUUGAGGCUUGGAAGCUUGCAUGUCAAAAAAGUGAUGACUACAAUUCAAAAAUGUAUUGAUUUAGUCGACAAUUUUUUUAAUGACGAUAAGUUGCUUGAAAUUCUCUAACUUGAUAAUGUUCGUUUAAUUUCAAGCGAGAUUUGGAAGACAUAGCUAGGUAUUUUUUAAACCAAUUUACAAAAAUCUCAUCAUAAAAUUACAUCAAAUACAGAAAACAAUUAUCAUUUAUUAUGAAAACAUUGGAGAACAAUAGUCAGUAAUUAAAAAUAGUAUAUCAUUAUUUCUGUCUUUAUUAACCUAUCAGCGUAAAUAAAGUCUAAAUCUACCAUUUGCUCCAA